GUGUUUUCGGGCCAACCAUUCUCCCUCCCUGACAUUUGGAUUUCCACUUGCCCCGAUUUGAUCUUUCAAAAGAUUUUCAUUAUAAAAAAAAAAAUCCGAAUAUUAUCAUUCUUCAGGCCGAAAUUUCCUUUUCUUCGAAUCGUCUGAUUCAUUUUGGCCAAAAGAUUUGAAGCCAUUAACUUGUUCUUUCGAUUGAGCUUUCUAUAAACCGCGCGCCGCCGUAGGGAGCCAUGGCGGUGCACUUGAGCUACGCCUGUUUUGCAAUUUCUCCAAGAAAUCAGAGUAGAAUUUACAGAGUGAGAGGCGUGGCUUCGGAGGAUUAUGGCACAUUGACCUCGCCGGAAGAGAAGGUGAAAUUGGGCGGUUCUGAGCUGAAGGUGACCACGCUUGGAGUUGGCUCUUGGUCUUGGGGAGAUAACAGCUAUUGGAAUAACUUUGAAUGGGAUGAUAGGAAGAUGAAGGAUGCUAAGGCUGCUUUUGAUGCCAGCAUUGACCGUGGCAUUACCUUCAUCGAUACCGCUGAAGUUUAUGGCUCCUCGUAUGCGUUAGGUGCCAUAAGUUCAGAAACUCUUCUAGGAAGAUUUAUUAAAGAAAAGAAGGAGAAGGAUCCUGGAGUUGAGGUUGCAGUUGCUACAAAAUUUGCGGCUUUGCCAUGGAGGUUUGGCCGUCAAAGUGUCAUAAAAGCCCUUAAGGACUCCCUCGGUCGCCUCGGUCUUGCAUCGGUCGACCUUUAUCAACUUCAUUGGCCUGGAAUAUGGGGAAAUGAAGGGUAUAUUGAUGGGCUUGGCGAUGCUGUUGAGCAGGGACUUGUGAAGGCUGUUGGUGUUUCAAAUUACAGUGAAAAACGACUUCGAGAUGCUUACAAGAAGCUUAAGAAAAGAGGCAUUCCACUAGCUUCAAACCAGGUGAAUUAUAGCCUCAUAUACAGAACACCAGAAGAGAAUGGCGUGAAGGCUACCUGUGAUGAACUUGGAAUCACCUUAAUUGCUUAUUCGCCAAUCGCUCAAGGUGUUCUGACGGGAAAGUACACUCCAGAAAAUCCUCCGACCGGCCCUCGAGCUCGAAUCUAUACUCCGGAGUUUCUAGCAGAGCUCCAACCUCUGUUGAACCGGAUUCGGGAAAUAGGAGCGAACUACAAUAAAUCACCCACACAGGUAGUGCUGAACUGGUUAAUAGCACAGGAAAACGUCGUGCCGAUCCCGGGAGCGAAAAAUGCAGAACAGGCUAUAGAAUUUGCAGGUGCAUUGGGUUGGAGAAUCUCCGAUGAAGAAGUCGAUGAACUUCGCUCCUUGGCUUCAGAAAUUAAACCUGUUAUUGGUUUCCCCGUUGAGAAGCUCUAAAUUCUUAAUCCAUUGAUAUAAAAAUGUGUACUAGUAUAUAAUUUCCCACUUUUCAUACAGGAUAUUUACUUUACACAUCUUCCUGUUGACCACUUUAAAAAAAUAAAAAAUAUCUGUUUUUCGCUUU